CUUUCAUCACCAUUAUGACCUUGAUACCAGCAGCCUCGAUUGAUGGCGCCGAGACACCAGCGAGUGCGACGCCUGGUCACCACCAUCACCAUCCUCAUCUGCAUGGGGCGGGAAGGAGGAUAAGGCACCUGCUCCGUCCAGACGGCAGGCAAGUGCACAUUGCAGGGAACCCUGAAGAGGCGCGCCGAAUGAGCCAGACGUUGCGUCUGAACGAAAAAGAUGACUUUGAUCUGGUUGUUCACGGUAGCCCUGAACAUAUCGAAGCUCUUCGCCAUACGCACUCCCACCAUGAGAAGCGGCAUCGCCAACUAAAAGAAGAACAUCCAGAUCUCGCUGCCGAGUUUGAACAUGUCCUCCGCGAGCUCGACGCUCUUUCAUCAGAGCUUCACAUGAUCAGCGAGCACGCUGUGCAACUCGAUGCCAACUUCUCUAAAUACGGCUAUUCCGCACAUUUGCGGACCAGAGACGCUGGUGAAGAAGGCGACUCAUCCUCUGGUGAUUCCACUUUCGACAAAGAAACAUGGCACGCAGGCCGCAAGCUCGGCGAGACAAUGCGCUUCUACCAAAAGCCCAUUGUCCGGCAGUACUUUCACAAAGGACUACUUUGGCGCGCAAGAGAAGCGCAGGAGGUCGCAAGUUAUGAGCUGUUUAUUGACCUGUUCUAUGUUGGCAUCAUCGCGAUCACGGGUGACACCGCGGCUGAGCACCCAGAUGGAGAGUCGCUGCUGCGUUUUGUCAUCACUUUCAUCAUGGGUUGGAAAUUCUGGAGCGACAUCAGUCUACUCAUCUCGUGGUUCGAUAGCGACGAUGUACUGCGGCGCUGCAGCGUGCUGUUCAUCUUAACUUGUCUGCUUGGUUUCACGACGAACAUGGUGGACGCUUUCGAACAUACGUAUACACCGCUGGUUGCCUUCUACGUCACUGCGAGACUGUAUCUGAUCCUCAGCCUUUUCUGGUACGCGUACCUGAUCCCUAUGGUUCGAGCCUCUAUGAUAGGCAACGGCGUCAUCGCGCUGAUUCCAGUUGCACUUUGGAUCGGCAGCAUACAUGUCGAGGAACCCGGUCGACAAGGCCUGAUCUGGACUGCUAUUGUGUUCGACCUGUUCGGUGGCUUCCUCAUGCUUACUGUCCAGAGACCGGGUGUCAUCCAGAAGAAGAUGCCUGCAAGCUGGAAGGAGCGUCUAGAAUUCUUCCCAGGUACGAACAUUGAGCACAGAAUUGAGCGAACAAAUGCCUUUGUCACCCUGGUUUUUGGAUCAUGCGUGCUGGGCAUCUUGUACCAGAGUAGCGCCGAUAUGGGUGUAAACGCUUUCUUUGGCAAGGCGGUGCUUGGGCUCAUUCAAGCCUUCAUAUUCAAUUGGAUCUACUUCGAGAUCGACUCCUUCAACCUCCACACGCAUGCGAUCCGACGGCAUGUGACGUCCGCGAUGAUCUGGUUUUCCAUUCACCUACCCUUCAUCAUGUCGUUCGUUCUGAGCGCCGGAGCGCUCGCCGUGCUUGUCCGCGCGCACGACUGCCCAGAUGCUGACGUAGAAUCGCUGUAUGAGACUUUCAUCCCCCGAUCCGAAGAUCACAUCUCUGCCGGUUUGCAAUGGUACUACUGCGGUGGUCUAGGUAUUUCUCUCAUAUGUUUAGCCAUCAUUGCAUGGACCCACACACACCGAAAGAUCCCAAACCAACGUAUCAAGAAGCAUUUUCGCCUUCUCUGCCGUAUUGUAGUCGCCAUCGUUAUCGUUUGUCUGCCUUUAGCGCACCUCAACAGCCUAGAGUUGGUGGCAACAACGACUGGGCUGGUUGUGUGUGUGCUGGUGCUGGAACUGGUCGGAAGCACAUGCUGGGGUGAGAACUUCUGGUGGAACACAAGUUGUGGCAGGAACAAAUGCAACUAUAGUGCGAGAUGUGGUGUGAGGAAGGAAGAACUUGAAACCUCAAUGAAGCAUGGUACUAUGUUAAACGUGGAAGAGAUCGCGAAGAGAGGAGGAGGAGAGGAAGGCAGUGUGGGCGCUGUGUGAUAUAGGAUGCUGGGAUUUUUGGAUGCACGCAGUGUUCUGGCGACACGGACAUCAUACAAGAAAGUAUGAAUACUCAGGAGAAAAAGUGAGCUGACUAGGCGGUCAGAUUGAGAUAUGUUGUGGUGUAGGCCGCUGCAGUACACUGAUAGCUAUGGUGACCGACAAUGUAGGACUAUCGAGUUGAUGGAAUACUGCGCUGAGUUGCUAUCUAGCUAGGAGAAGGCAACUAUAUACCUGACCUACUGAGUAGUCUGCUACGGGCAUAAUCAGACCUUGUAUGGGCC